AUGGCGGACCCGGCGGAGUGCAACAUCAAAGUGAUGUGUCGCUUCAGGCCCCUCAACGACUCGGAGGUGGUGCGCGGCGACAAGUACAUCGCCAAGUUCCAAAGCGAGGACACCGUCAUCAUCGCCUCCAAGCCUUAUGUAUUUGACCGUGUAUUCCAGUCGAGCACAACGCAGGAACAAGUUUAUAAUGACUGUGCUAAAAAGAUUGUCAAAGAUGUACUUGAAGGAUACAAUGGUACAAUAUUUGCUUAUGGGCAGACAUCAUCUGGAAAAACGCACACUAUGGAGGGAAAACUUCAUGAUCCAGAUGGGAUGGGGAUAAUUCCAAGAAUAGUGCAAGAUAUUUUUAAUUAUAUUUACUCCAUGGAUGAAAACUUGGAGUUCCAUAUUAAGGUGUCAUAUUUUGAAAUAUACUUGGAUAAGAUAAGGGACCUUUUGGAUGUUUCGAAGACCAAUCUUUCUGUUCACGAGGACAAAAACAGAGUUCCUUAUGUGAAGGGUUGCACAGAGCGUUUUGUAUGUAGUCCAGAAGAAGUUAUGGAUACCAUAGAUGAAGGAAAAUCUAACAGACAUGUAGCAGUUACAAACAUGAAUGAACACAGUUCUCGAAGUCAUAGUAUCUUUCUUAUUAAUGUGAAGCAAGAAAAUACUCAAACAGAACAGAAGCUGAGUGGAAAACUCUAUCUUGUGGACUUGGCAGGUAGUGAAAAGGUUAGUAAAACUGGAGCAGAAGGUGCUGUGCUGGAUGAAGCUAAGAACAUCAACAAGUCUCUCUCAGCUCUUGGAAAUGUCAUCUCUGCUUUAGCUGAAAGUAGUACUUAUGUUCCAUACCGUGAUAGUAAAAUGACCAGAAUCCUUCAGGAUUCAUUGGGUGGUAACUGUAGAACCACUAUUGUAAUUUGCUGCUCUCCGUCAUCAUACAAUGAAUCUGAAACUAAAUCUACACUCUUAUUUGGUCAAAGAGCCAAGACUAUUAAGAACACAGUCUGUGUCAAUGUGGAACUGACUGCAGAACAAUGGAAAAAGAAGUAUGAAAGAGAAAAAGAAAGAAACAAGACCCUACGUAACACCAUACAGUGGCUUGAAAAUGAGCUCAACAGAUGGCGCAAUGGGGAGACUGUACCAGUUGAUGAGCAGUUUGACAAAGAAAAAGCCAACUUGGAAGCUUUUGCAGUGGAUAAGGAUAUUACUAUCACUAAUGAUAAACCAGCUGCCACAAUUGGAGUGACUGGCAGUUUUACUGAUGCUGAGAGAAGAAAGUGUGAGGAAGAAAUUGCUAAACUGUAUAAACAACUUGAUGAUAAGGAUGAAGAAAUUAAUCAGCAGAGCCAGUUAGUAGAAAAGCUGAAGACACAAAUGUUGGAUCAGGAAGAGCUGCUUGCAUCUACCAGACGGGACCAAGAUAAUAUGCAAGCUGAGUUGAAUCGUCUCCAGGCUGAAAAUGAUGCCUCUAAAGAGGAAGUGAAAGAAGUGCUACAAGCCCUUGAAGAACUUGCUGUCAAUUAUGAUCAGAAAUCUCAGGAAGUAGAAGACAAAGCAAAAGAAUAUGAGCUGCUUAGUGAUGAACUCAAUCAGAAAUCGGUAACUUUAGCCAGUAUAGAUGCAGAGCUUCAGAAACUAAAAGAAAUGACCAACCACCAGAAAAAACGAGCAACAGAGAUGAUGGCCUCCUUACUGAAAGAUCUUGCAGAAAUAGGAAUUGCAGUUGGAAAUAAUGAUGUGAAGCAGCCUGAAGGAACUGGUAUGAUAGAUGAGGAAUUCACAGUGGCAAGACUAUACAUUAGCAAAAUGAAAUCAGAAGUGAAAACAAUGGUAAAGCGGUGCAAACAAUUAGAAGGCACGCAAACUGAAAGCAACAAAAAAAUGGAGGAAAAUGAAAAAGAGCUGGCUGCUUGUCAGCUUCGUAUCUCACAGCAUGAAGCAAAGAUCAAGUCACUAACAGAGUAUCUUCAGAAUGUGGAACAAAAAAAGAGGCAACUGGAAGAAUCUGUAGAUUCCCUUAAUGAAGAACUAGUCCAGCUUCGAGCACAGGAAAAAGUUCAUGAAAUGGAGAAGGAGCACUUAAAUAAAGUCCAAACUGCAAAUGAAGUCAAGCAAGCAGUUGAGCAGCAGAUUCAGAGCCACCGUGAGACCCAUCAAAAACAAAUUAGCAGCCUGCGAGAUGAGGUUGAUGCAAAGGAGAAACUUAUUACUGAACUCCAAGACCAAAAUCAGAAGAUGAUGCUUGAGCAGGAACGUCUAAGAGUUGAACAUGAGAAGCUGAAAACUACAGAUCAAGAAAAAAGCAGGAAACUUCAUGAACUUACGGUUAUGCAGGACAGACGAGAACAAGCAAGGCAAGAUCUGAAGGGUUUGGAAGAAACUGUGGCUAAAGAACUUCAAACUCUGCACAACCUUCGGAAGCUUUUUGUUCAAGAUCUAGCUACCAGAGUUAAAAAGAGCGCAGAGAUGGACUCAGAUGAAACAGGAGGCAGUGCUGCACAAAAACAGAAAAUUUCCUUCCUCGAGAAUAAUCUUGAGCAGCUCACAAAAGUCCACAAACAGCUGGUACGUGAUAAUGCAGAUCUUCGCUGUGAGCUUCCUAAACUGGAGAAACGACUUAGAGCUACAGCUGAGAGAGUUAAAGCUUUGGAGUCGGCACUGAAGGAAGCCAAAGAAAAUGCAUCUCGCGAUCGUAAGCGAUAUCAGCAAGAGGUAGACCGCAUUAAAGAAGCAGUGAGAUCUAAGAACAUGGCUAGAAGAGGACAUUCUGCCCAGAUUGCAAAGCCUAUCCGUCCUGGCCAGCAUCCAGCAGCUUCUCCAACUCAUCCAAGUGCAAUUCGUGGAGGAGGUGCAAUAACUCAAAACAGCCAGCCAGUCCCACUGCGUGGAGGCGGAGCACGGCAGGAUAAAGUUUGCUGAGAAAUCUGCAGUAUGAAGAGGAUGGGAUAUCAUACGGAGAGGGUCAUUCCAUGACAAUAAUCUCUCCCAUUGUGGAUUGUAGGAUUUUUUUUUUUUACUGUAUAAAUUAUACCUGGCCUGUACAGCUCUCUUCCCUUCUACAAAUUCUACUAACUGAUUCCCAAAAAUAUUAGUGUAAUUUCGGCAUCUUGAAAAAUGACAUGUUAAAGUGUAGCUCUAUUCAUUACACUGUUUGUCUUUCAUGUCUUAAACUUAGUCUGCACUGUGCCAAGCUGAAUGUAUGUUAAGUAAAUCUUAGUUCAAAUUUUCUAGCUUAAUUUGUGUACAUUUUACUGUCUUAGGGCAACGUGGAACAGUGUUGAAAUACACUUUAAUUUUUACCACAUGAAGUAAUAACACUAUUUGUCCCACUCUGAGUUAUAACAGCACUCUAUCUUAAAGUUUUCCUGAAAUGCUGCAUAGAGCAUCAGGACUGAAAUAUUUGUACAGUGUAGGAAUACUGAAGUGUGCUUAUGACAACUGCCAUAAGGCAUUGAAGUCUUGAAACCAUAGAACUAAAGAGUUCAGUUUGAACAAGGCUAUUUAACUGUUUGAUUAAUUGCCUGUUUAUCAGGCUGUUUUGAGUUAAAUACUGUACAGUAACAAAAGUAAACCUAAGUUUACAUAGAAAAAGUCUGUAAGUGGAAAAUUUAAUCUGUCCUGUUCCUGAUUCUAUACACAGCAUAAUUUGGAGUGAAAACAUUCUGCUUCAUUCUGAUUGAGCUCAUUAUCUAGUUGUCUAAUUCUGAUAGCUAAUUUUCACUAUAUUAACAUAGUGAAAUGAGUCUAGAAUUUAACUUUUUCCACUAUUGUCUGCAUAUUGGAAAUCUUGACCUGAAAUGUAAGCUUUCAGUUUGAGAAAAUGAGUUAAUGAGCAGUUGGAUAAUUAAUUAAAUACACUAAUAAUGGAGGCAAGGAAACUAUAGCUCAUAUGGCCAGAAAUCCCAGAGCUGUGUCAGGACCAAGGAUAGAAUGGGAGGAACCUGUGCUACACUGAAUUGUAUUGUAAUGCAUUUGUAAGUCUAGGAAUACGUAAAUACCUACUCCCAAGCAGUAGUUGUAUCAAAUAUUUUCUUUUUUUUGCAAUAAAGUCCUGUAAAUUGGCUACAAAAUAAACAAUGUUUUUUUGUUCUGACCUGUUUCUCAAGUACUGAGCACCCAUAUCUGCUGCUGAAGUCAAGAUCAAAGCUUUUGAAAUUAAAUUACACAAGUGAUAAGAUAUUCUGAGGGGUUUUUCCACUACAGUUGUAGAAAAGUUGUUCUUAGAACAGAAAUGAGUUACCAAAUCAUUGUGUUGGAAGAAACCUAAUGUGAAUAUUCAAGAAUACAAGAGUUAAUGCCAUGUCCUAAAUUGGUUGUCUCACUGCUUUUUGGGAUGUUUGUCGAUUUUUGUGGAAACUUGAAUCCUACAUAGACAUUGAUUUGCAAAUAAUUUUUGAGACCUUUUAUACAAAGUGAAAUGUUUGUAUUAUGAUGGAGCAUGGUCAAAAGUUUUGGACUCUAAGUUAACUUUUCUAUUUCCUUCUUAUCCACAGCAGCUUGACUAGCUACAUUAAUUUUCAUUUCAAAGGCUGAUUUUGUUUAUAUCUGCCAGAAAACCUAAUUCUUUCAGGUUUUCAACAUUAAAAGACCUCUUAUUCUUAA